AUGGCACAGAUGGCGCAUAUGGCACAGAGAUCAGCCAGGAAUACUCUCUUCACAGGCGUUAGGCAAUUCACCAGCACGCCUUCAAUACAUCUCCCACCAAAGAAGGGCCAGAAGGCACAGCCCCCAAGAAAGGCGUCUAACAGCUUUACUAAGAAGAAUAAAGGCGGCGGUAAAAUGAAGACUGAGACACACACCAAUACAGCCCGCUACGAGAAGCUUCAGGGUCCUCAGCCAGACCUCUCAUUCAUGUCAGAUUUCCUCCCAGAACGCCUCACUCAAUCUUCACUCGGUUCUCCCUUGAAAUUUACAAAGAACGAUCUAAGCUUUAUCAAGCACACGGGUAUCCCACCUACCCUGGCUAGAGAGUUCGACGCUCAAACACAACCACACGCCGUUAUUCGCGCUUCUACACUGAAAUCUAUCGACUAUCUGGACAAGGCUGCCAAUAGCCCCAGCAAAGACACCAGACUCGUUCUUCACGGUGACGCUGGCAGCGGCAGAUCCAUCUCUCUCCUCCAGUCUGUCGUCUACGCCCAGCAAUCGGGUUAUCUGGUCAUUUACAUACCAAACUCUCAACACUUGGUCGACAGCAGCUAUGACUAUCUGCCUCCUUCUCAAAGCAACUCUAUCUGGUCACAGCCAGCACUCUCAGCUUCUUUGCUCAGAUCAUUCGCUGAAUCAAAUAAGGACAAGCUCGUAAAUGUUAAAAUCUCACAGGAUUACGCUCAAGUGAAAAAGGAUGACAGUCUAUACAAUCUCUGCAUGCAUCCAUCAAAAUCUGAACAAAGCGCUGUUGAAGUUUUUGAAGGUGUCUUCGCAGAACUCAACAAGCAGUCCACCUACCCAACACUCCUUGCCAUUGACUCACUCCAAGCACUCUAUCAACCCACCUUAUACAGAGACCAGCAUUUCAACAAGCUUCAACCCUACCAACUAUCCGUAACCGCAAAACUUCUCGAAUUGAUUAGUGGUAGACAGCAGUUCAGCAAGGGUGCUAUAGUCGCAGCAACCUCCAGCACUCCUACAAGCAUGCAGAUACCACCUUUACUCCUCGCUCAACUUGGAUUGCAGCCUCAGAAGCCAGUUAAUCCAUUUCACAAAUGGAACGUAAACCAUCUCAAUAACUCCCAAGGUCUCAAAUUGGUAGAAAUGAACAAGCUCUCCUUCGCCGAAGCCGUCGGUGUGUUCGAAUCUCUCGGCAAGACUCUCGGCUUGUCAUAUCCAAUGUCGGAUGAAUUGCUCCUUUCCAAGUUUACCGAGGCAGGUGGCUCACCAAAGGCUUUCACAACGAGUUUGAGGAAUAUGCUAUAA